AGUUGUAGUCCAUCGAACCCUUGUUCGGUGGGUUGUUGCGGCAAUGGGGGUAUGCAUGCCCAGAAAUCUAUCUUCACAAUGUUCACAUUUUCAGGCCCAGAUUUUUGCGGAACUAGCUGUGUUGCAAACUGUGACUACAAAGCUGAGUGUAAUCCAGGAGGAUGGGAUCCCAUUUAUGUUAAUGCGUCCUCCUGUCCUCUCAAAGUUUGUUGCAGUAGAUUUGGAUUUUGUGGUACAACAGAGGAAUUUUGUGGAAGUUCCCAGGUUCCAGAGCCUUUUUGUGACGGAAAUAGCGCUGCUGGGAGGAUUGUUGGUUACUAUGAGGGCUGGAGCGAAGAAAACACCUGUGAAACCUUUACGCCGGAUCAAAUCCCACUGGGAAUAUACACCCACAUUAAUUAUGCCUUUGCAUCAAUUGAUCCCUCAAGCUUUCAAGUUGUUGCCAUGGAUUCCUUUACAGGAACUCUAUAUCCCCAGAUUAUCGCCCUAAAAGGCAAAGAUCCAGGCCUGAAGAUUUGGAUCAGUAUUGGUGGAUGGUCUUUCAAUGAUCCAGGACCAACAGCUAAUACUUUCUCGACUCUGGCAUCAUCUAUCGAGGCUCAAAAUGAAUUCUUUGCUUCCCUGAUUUCCUUCAUGUCAAAUUACGGGUUUGACGGGGUUGACCUUGACUGGGAAUAUCCCGUGGCCCCCGAAAGAGGAGGCAACGAGGCAGAUUUCGCCAAUUUACCAACAUUCCUGCGGAAUCUUCGAAAUGCCCUUAAUUCGAGCGGAUUUUUGUUUGGAUUAUCAAUUACUUUGCCCUCGUCCUACUGGUACAUGCGGAAUUUCGACAUUGUCUCAAUAGAUCCUAUUGUAGAUUGGUUUAAUAUAAUGACGUACGACCUUCACGGGACGUGGGAUGGAACGGAUCCUUACAUUGGCGCUGUAGCGCUUGCACACACAAAUCUGACAGAAAUUAAUCAGACGAUGGACCUGUUAUGGAGAAAUAAUAUCAACCCAGCUCGUGUAAACAUGGGCAUUGGAUUCUACGGAAGAAGCUUCACAAUGAGUGAUCCAUCUUGCUUGAAAGCCGGAUGUCCUUUCUCCGGCGGCGGAAAUCCUGGGCCUUGUACCGCUUCUGCUGGCAUUCUUUCUUAUCAAGAGAUUGAACAAAUAAUUGCUGCUGGCGCAACCGUAACAUUAGAUCCCGUAGCUGCAAUCGAAAUCGUGACCUGGGACACAAACCAAUGGGUCUCUUACGAUGACACUCAAACUCUGAAGAUGAAGAUGGAAUAUGCUAACGGGAAAUGUAUUGGAGGUGUGCUUGUCUGGGCUGCAGAUUUGGAUGACCAGACUGGAAGCGCUAUCAACGCUUUAGGGGCAGCCCUU